AUGGCUGGGAACGAGUGGAUAAACGGGUACCUGGAGGCGAUUCUGGACGCCGGCGGCGGCGGGAAGGGCCUCGAAGGUGGGGGGACGCAGAGGACGUCGCUGGUCCCGCAGCUGAAGUUCAGUCCCACAAAGUACUUCGUGGAGGAGGUCGUCAACGGUUUCGACGAGGCGGAUCUCUACAAGACAUGGACCAAGGUAACUCACCUCGCUUGCCUCUGCGAGAGACCGAUCGAUCGAUCGAGUCCGAGUUGACGUUCUCUGUUGUCAUCCUUCUCUGCGUUUCAGGUCACCGCCACGAGGAAUCUGCGGGAUCGAAGCAACAGGCUCGAGAACAUGUGCUGGAGAAUAUGGCAUCUGACGCGCCGGAAGAAACAGGUGAUCUCUCUCUCGCUCCAGAAAACUGUUGCUCUCUUUCUCCCUCGCGCGCACAUUCUCUGCAGUCCAGGGAUCGAAUCUUCCAGAAUCAUGGCGCGUAGUUCUGAUCAAACCUCGAUGAAUAUUGCUCGAAUGCCUCUGCCGUCAGGGGGAAGCUCCGGGGAUUUCUCCCAACAGUCUGUCAAAGUCUGUCAGGAUGAUUGAACUUUGAUUUUGCGCCAGAUCGAGAGGGAGGACGUGCGCCGCCUCACCGAGAGACACCUCGAGCGGGAGCAGGGCCACAGAGACGCAUCAGAGGACCUCCCCGACCUCUCCGAGGGCGAGAAGGACAAAGAAAACCCUAGCUCCGCCGGCAAUCUCAGGGACUCCAUGUCCCGGAUCAACUCCGACGUGCGGAUUUGGUCGGACGACGACGAGACCAGGCGGCUCUACAUCGUCCUGAUCAGGUCUUGCGGCCUUCCAUUCGUUCGCUGCGGAAAUCCUUACACGGAAGUUUAACCGUUGGAUCCGCUUUGUGUGAUGCAGUUUGCACGGGUUGGUGCGUGGCGACAACAUGGAGCUGGGGAGAGACUCCGACACAGGGGGGCAGGUGGGUUCCCUUGAUGGACGAUCCAGAUUAAUCAUAAAAAAAUGUUGUUAUAUUUACGUUUCCCUUUCUAGUGCAGGUGAAGUAUGUAGUAGAGCUGGCAAGGGCUUUGGCCUCCACGAAGGGAAUCUACCGCGUGGACCUGCUGACUAGGCAGAUCGCCUCACCUGACGUGGACUGGAGCUACGGGGAGCCGGUGGAGAUGCUGUCUCGACCGUCCGAUUUGCAGUCCCUCGGCGAUGGCUGCGGAGCGUAUAUCAUCCGACUCCCGUGCGGACCACGCGAAAGGUAUCCCAGGAAAGAGAGAAAUGGGUCUACUUUGAUUUUUUGAGGGCCAAAUUAAUGGGCUUGGUUGACCUAUCAGGUACCUUGCCAAGGAGACUCUCUGGCCCCACAUCCCCGAGUUCAUUGACCGUGCGCUGGUCCACAUAACCAACGUGGCUCGAGCUCUCGGAGAGCAGACGGAGGGUGGGAAGCCAGCGUGGCCGUACGUGAUCCACGGCCACUACGCCGACGCCGGGGAGGUGGCCGGGAGGCUCGCUGGGGCCCUCAACGUGCCCAUGGUUCUUACAGGGCACUCGCUGGGGCGGAACAAGUUCGAGCAGCUGCUGAAGCAGGGGAGGCUCAGCAGGGAGGAGAUCAACUCCACUUACCGCAUCGCGAGGAGGAUCGAAGCGGAAGAGUUCGCGCUGGACGCGGCGGAGAUGAUCGUCACCAGCACGAGGCAGGAGAUAGAGGAGCAGUGGGGACUCUACGACGGGUUCGACCUGAAGAUCGAGAGAAAGCUGAGGGUGAGGAGGCGGAGGGGCGUCAGCUGCCUCGGCCGCCACAUGCCUCGCGUGGUGGUAAGCAGCAGCAAUCUGUGAGGCCUCCAGGUCGUAAAAGCUUUAGCUGGUUUUUGCAUGGUGAGCGGGAUCAUCGUCACUAGGAUUCGUGUCACUGACUGCGUUUUUCUGUCCGUUGAAUUUGCUUCUUCAUUAGGUCAUACCGCCGGGGAUGGAUUUCAGCUACGUGACGACGCAAGAUUUGGCGGACGGGGACGGCGACCUCCAGUUUUUGAUUGGGCCCAACAGGGCUCAGACCAGAAGAAAUAUUCCUUCCAUAUGGACUGAGGUCGUCUUCCUCGCACCGCUUGGAGAGAUCAAGUCUUCAUCCACGUAUCUGGACUGACGAUGAUGAGCCACAUUGCAGGUUAUGAGAUUCUUCACGAAUCCUCACAAGCCCAUGAUCCUUGCUCUCUCUCGUCCUGAUCCGAAGAAAAAUGUUACCACGUUACUGAAGGCAUUUGGCCAGAGUCGUCAUCUCCAAGAGCUUGCUAAUUUGGUAUGGCAUUGUUAGCCCAGUCGACCGAUUAGAUCACACCGCAAUGGGAGUUGACGGCGAGUUUUUUUUAUCUGCAGACGCUAAUACUGGGCAACAGGGACGACGUAGAGGAGAUGCCAGCUAGCAGCUCUGCCGUCCUCACCACCGUCCUCAAACUCAUCGAUAAGUACGAUCUCUAUGGACAGGUGGCGUACCCCAAGCACCACAAGCAAUCCGAAGUUCCCGACAUAUACCGUCUUGCAGCUAAAACCAAGGUAUGGAUUGAACCUUGCGGAUAAAUCAUUACGGUCCCAAUUAAUCAUUUAUCAAUUUUCUCUUCUGAACCGAAGGGAGUCUUCGUCAAUCCUGCUCUAGUGGAGCCUUUCGGCCUCACCCUCAUAGAGGCAGCUGCUAAUGGCCUGCCCAUCGUUGCGACCAAGAACGGAGGUCCCGUAGAUAUUCUCAAGGUAAACAGACAACAAUGCCUUUGACGGUCUGGAUUCUUCUCUUCUGCCCGCAUCGAAAAAAUGAUACAAUACCUUGGAGCGGUGCAUGCAGACGCUGAACAACGGCCUACUCGUUGACCCGCACGAUCAGACUGCCAUAUCCGAGGCUCUCCUGAAGCUGGUCGCCGACAAGGGCCUGUGGCUGGAAUGCCGGAAGAACGGCCUGAAGAACAUCCACCGCUUCUCCUGGCCCGAGCACUGCCGGAACUAUCUCUCCCACGUGGAACAAUGCCGCAGCCGCCACCCGGGCACGCGCCUCGACGUGGCGCCACGGGCCGAGGAACCCCUCAGCGACUCCCUCAAAGACGUCGACGAUCUCUCCAUCCGCUCCUCCGUCAACGGCGGAGUUGACCUCCACGGCAAUGGCGAUGUGACUUCCUUACUCGAUGCCCUGCGCCGCCACCGACCCGAGAGCGUUGACCACCCACUGGCGGCGACGUACUUCCCUGGCAGGAGGCGGAGGCUCUUCGUCAUCGCCGCCGAUUGUUACGAUCCCCGGGGGCAGCUUGCCGUCGGCGAGCUGAAGGGAAUCGUCGACAAGGUGGCGGCGACGGCGGCGGCGGGCUCCAGGGGCCGCACGGGUCUCCUCUUCUCCACCGGCUCCACAGUGGCGGAGACUAUAGAAGCUCUGAAAGCUUGCCGCGUGGCGCCGGCCGAGUUCGACGCUCUGAUCUGCAGCAGCGGGAGCGUCAUCUGCUACCCGUGGAAGGACCUCGCCGCCGACCCCGACUAUUCGGCGCACGUUGACCACCGCUGGCCCGGGGAGCACAUCAAGUCGGCCGUGCCGAGGCUCGCCAUGCUCGACGGCGCAGGGAAGGAAGACGAGCAAAUGGGCACCAUGGGAAUCGACUUGAAGGCCUGUAACUCCCACUGCUACGCCUACUCCCUGAAGACGGCGGCCACGGUGAAUCCCCUCCCCCCACAGAACUAGAUGAGUAAUUAAUUCUUCAGACGAAGCUCGCUUACUCUUCUGGCCUCAGCAGGGUCGGAAAGUCGACGAACUCCGCCAGAAGCUGCGGAUGAGAGGCUUCCGCUGCAACCUGGUCUACACCUGCGCCGCCACCCGCUUGAACGUAGUUCCCCUCUUCGCCUCGAGGACGCAGGCGAUGAGGUCAGUCUCAGGCGAUGGAGCCCCGUUUUUCCUUCCUCUUCAUGGCUUCCUGAUGCGGAUGAUCACUUCCUCCCCUUCUCUUCCUCCUUAUUCCCCCUUCUUCCCGUUUUCCAUGGAUUUCUCUGUGAAGGUACCUGUGGACGAGGUGGGGGGUCGACCCGGCAGAGACGGCGGCGUUCGUGGGGGAGAAGGGGGAUACGGACGCGGAGGAGCUCCGAGGGGGGCUCCACCGGACGGUGGUUCUCGGCGACGUCACCGAGAACGGCGGCGAGGCGCUGCUGCGGGGGGAGGAGAGCUACGGCGGGGAAGACGUCGUCCCCUCGGAGUCCCCCAACGUGGCUGCCGUCCCCGCUGGCUACGGCUGCCCGGAGAUCGUCGCUGCGCUUGCCAGCCUCGGUGUGAAGUGA